UCGGGGCGGAUAUCUUAUUAGCAGACGACAAACACGUGACUGAAAACUCUGCUCGUGAUCGUGCAUUGUACUUUCGGUUUCGAUUGGGGACAUCCCCUGGCGUUAGCGAAGAGCCAAAUCUUAGGUCAGCGGUACGAAAAACUUACUGCUUCUUCUUGAGGAGGCUGCAAGCAUAGCUGGUCAUGUAAACUACUCAUUUUUCACUUCCUUGUAGGUUUGACAAGAUUGAUCCCUAUCGGCAAAACCGUGAAAAUAUCACACCUGGCUUUAAUUGUUGAGGGAUGGGAAGCCACGAGGCCCUGUCACGUUACAUGGCCAAGGUUUUACGCCACACUGCAGGUCAAGAAGGCAUACAUCUAACAUCAGAUGGGUAUGCAGUCGUAGAUGACAUUUUAAGGAUAAAGUCGGAAUACACCUUGGCAGAUGUGGAAGCAAUUGUGAGACGUGACUCGAAGAAGAGGUUCAACCUGAGAGAUUGUCCAAUCACAGGAAAACGUCAAAUCAGAGCUAAUCAGGGCCAUUCCAUUCAGGUCAAGGUGGACAUGCAGGAAAUUAGAACAGCGUCAGAAGCCCCAGAAGUGUUACAUGGUACAUCUCAUAUAAACUGGAAUUCUAUUAAAAAAGAGGGUUUAUCCCGCCAGAAAAGAGAUCAUAUUCACUUUGCCCCGAGUGAACAUUCUCCAGAGGUUAUCAGUGGAAUCCCUAAACGAUGUACUGUCAUCAUCAGCAUUGACAUAGGGAGGGCACUUAGAGUUGGAAUACCAUUCUUUAGAUCAGCAAAUAACGUCAUUCUGAGUCCAGGAAAUAUGCAGGGGAUCAUUCCAGUGAGCUGUUUCAAGAGGGUGAUUGACAGGCGUACUCGAGAGCAACUUUUCCCAUGAUUCAGGGUUUUUCAGGCAGUCUAUUGAGAUCUGUUAAGAUCCACAACCAGUGUUAUCUGGUGCACUGACUCGAUACACGAAACGACCUGUAGAAAAAUGUACGACAUAUCCAUCUUCAACAAAUCUUUCUCCUCACGAACAGUUACAUGUUCAAAAGUCACAUGCCUUACCUGGACGAUAGACUCGUGUAGUGGCAACUACACAUACUGUAAGUAAUCUAACAUUUUGUCCAUCACAGACUUAACUAAGUCACUCAUAUUUCCUGAUUCUGUUCUUUUGAUCUUUGAAAGAUGUAUGAGGUUUGUUAGGAAAGUAGAAUGAUAUCCGACUGGGUAAAAUGUUUCAGCUCUGAAAGCAAUAUUUCACUUUUUGGGUGAUUUACUACUGUACAGCAUUUAGCCUGUAUAUUGUAAAUGAAUUAGGGCAUUUUGAGUUACUUUUUACAGAAAAAAUUAGGAAAAAAUCCAACUGUAUCAUGUCACCCGCCAAAUAUGUUAGGCAACUAUUUUUGAUCACAUUUUCUGUAACAUAGGACCAAUGUGGUCGCUGUGAGUU